GAAGCCGGCCCUGCACCUCAAACUGGCCUCGGAGAAGGAGUGUGCAGCAGUUGGCCGCCUGCUGGAGCUAGUGGGCGACAGUGAGCGCUCCUGCAGUGGCAGCGUCGCCGACCUGGAUCCUGCGCAGCUGCAGUUGGUUCCUUUUGUGGGCAGCGACACGUGCGGCAAGCCUGCAAGCCUACCGCCUGCAGAGAGUGGAGGCGCUGAGUUUGCGGCGUGGCCUGACUUCAACGGCUUCGUUCAGGCAGCUGCAGUUCAGGGCCGCUACAGCAACUUCCUGGAGUCUGGGGACGAGGUGGCUUUGGCCAGGUUGCUGUCAACGUCUCCUCCGCGCAAGAAGCUGCGUUGCAGGCAGCAGCACACACGGCCAGAGGUCCAGCUAGCUGCGGCCGCGGCAACUCUUGCAGACACGGUGGAGGACAGUGCUCUGAAAGCAGCGCUCUCCGCGAGUCCUGUGCGAAAGGCGGUAAAGACUGCAGCGUUCGCAGCCGUGAAGCAGGCAAAGAAGCAAGGGCCUGAGCAGCGGAGAGAGCGCGUGCGGCAGCUGACAGCUGCUGCGCAACAGUCCGCAAAGGCCAGCGGCAAGCAGGAUGCCUGCAAGAAGACCCGCGAGACCUCCGUCUCGAAGCACCAGGGCGAAGGCGACUUCGAGUACUCGGGACUGGCUUUCACCUUUGCCAAAGACCAGUCUUACGUUCAGCUACGCACUGUCAGCGGCAAGAAGCGUCUGCUGGUGGCUGUGUCGUCAAGUCAGAGCCAGCAGCACAAGUCUGCUCUACAGGAGUUGGCUGUUUGGGCUGAGAAGCUGGCGCCCUCUGUGUGUGACGAAGCUUCCUUCGAGCGCGUCAAGAGCGAGCUCAGGGAUCGUCGACGAAGUGUGCUUCAGCGA